AUGUUGUACAUCGGCAGACUGUGCCAAGGUUUGGCAGUCGGUGCAUAUACCAUGGCCGUACCAAUCUACAUUGGCGAGAUAGCGGAUCAAAAGAUUCGUGGUACAAUAGGAAGCUUCUUCCAACUCAUGCUUAACUUGGGCAUGCUCAUAUCGUUCAGUGUAUCUACCGCAGUGAACGUGUUUCAGCUCAAUAUUAUAUCGGCCUCCACCGUUCUACUGUUUGGCCCACUGUUUAUCUUCAUGCCUGAAACGCCAUCCCAUUUGCUUAAACAAGGUCACAGAAGCAAGGCUAUCGAGGUGCUAAAGUGGCUUCAGGGUCCGAAAAGUAACGCAGUCACUGAGAUAGAUUUGCUGCAGACCCAGCAGGAUGCUUUACUGAAUGCACCAAAAAGAUCUCUCCGUCUGUCGCUCCUUCAACCCGGCACUACCAGCGCCCUACUGGCCAUGAUUGGUUUGGUCACGUUCCUGCAAAUGUCGGGCAUAAACGCUGUUCUAUUCUACGCGACCGAUAUCUUUAUGAACGCCUCGGAUUCCUUGAACCAUGGAGUAGCCACCAUCAUCGUUGGAGCAAUGCAGUUGUUUGGGACGUUGAUUGCAUCCUUGGCCGUAGACCGCGUAGGGCGCCGGUGGUUGUUGAUGAUUUCGGCCGUAGUGAUGUGUGCCUCACAUGUUACCCUGGGCGUCUACUUUCAUCUACUGCAUAGCAGUCCGACUCAAGUGGAAAACCUCGAAUGGUUACCAGUGCUGGCGCUGUCCAUGUUUGUGACCAUGUUCUCUAUUGGAUUUGGUCCUGUCCCGUGGAUCAUCAUUGGUGAGAUAUUCGCUGUCGAUGUGAAAGAUUUUGCUAGUUCUCUUGCGAUUUUUACUAGUAAUGCAUUGUCUUUCAUGCUCACGAAAACCUUUAAUCCUUUGCGCGAUGGACUUGGUGAAGCUGGAACAUUCUGGCUAUUCGCGGGUUUCUGCGCCGCAGGAGCGCUCUUUGUAUUUUUGUUUGUGCCCGAAACGAAAGGUAAAUCCUUCGAUCAAAUACAGAGCAGGUUGAGCAGCACUAAGCUGUAUUUCCGCAGCAAUAAAUAA